AUGCAGACUGCUUCUACAAACAUUUGUGAAAGAAUGUGUCACUCUCAGAACCUCAGUGAAUUUAAGCGUGGUACUGUGAUAGGUUGCCACCUGUGCAAUAAGUCCAUCUGUGAAAUUUCCUUGCUACUAAAUAUUCCACGGUCAACUGUUAGUGGUAUUGUAAUAAAGUGGAAGCAACUGGGAACAAAAGCAACCCAGCCACUAAGUAAGCGGGGUCAGUAUAUGUGAAGCGCACAGUGCACAGAAGUCGCCAACUGUCUGCAGAGUCAAUAGCUAAAGACCUCCAAACUUUAUAGUGCCUUCAGAUAAGCACAACGGUGCACAGAGAGGUUCAUGGAAUGGGAUUCCAUGGCUGA